AUGAUGAGCCCGUUUGUGUUUCGAAUGAUAUGCGUCCUAUCUGCAGCUAUUAAUAACGCACCAAUUAGGCCUGCGGUGGAAUGGAUUGUAACGUAUGGACACUCCAUUGCGGUAAUGGAUUGCAUCGAGAUAAAUAGUGUCCUAAUUAUUAACCCGUUGGAUAAUAAAUUUCGCCAUGGCUGGAUGGAUCAAGAACAAUCCCCCGGAUAUCCCGAGGUCCAAGAGAACCCCCAGAGGACGACAGUACCACGGCCCAGAGGACACUCCUCUCCCCCUCCCCCCGAACACUAACGACCUAAAGAGGAUACGAUUCCUUACUGAUUAAAUUCCUGCCGAUUUCCUUGGAAGCUCUUUAAUGAAAUAAUUCCCCAGGUUGCCCCCUUUCUCUUUCAACC